UGUGACGGCGCUCUUGCUAUGCUUAAGCGAUUUACAAAAACACCAAGUUCAGAAGUGCGUAUGGCGUUAGCAUCGCGGAAUUACCGGAUCCAGUGCAGAUUGUACGGGAAUAAAGCUAUAAAUUAAAGUAUGAUUGGUGAUAAAACGUCGACUUGUAUAAUCGUAUUGAAAUCAAUGUGCAUUUUAAUUCAGACCGAAAAUGGUUUAACACAUCCAUACGAGAACGCAUAACAAAAGGACAUACAAAGACACGUAGUUUUCAGAUUUGAAUAAUUAUGGAUCGGGCUAGCAUAUAUUUUUUGGAUGAAGGCGAACCAAAUACUUAUGACUACGACGAAACAUUGCCAGCAUUACCCCUACCAGACCUACACGAUACACUAAAACGCUACUAUGAAUCGUUAAAGCCAUUUGGCUCACAUAAAGAAUUGAGUAAUUCGAAAGAAAUUAUCAAGAAAUUUGAAUCUGGAGUCGGUGCUCAAUUGCAUGAAAAAUUAAAAGAACUAGCUGCAAUCAAGAAGAAUUGGUUAAAUGAAUGGUGGGAUAAAUAUGCAUACCAUAUGUUGAGACUACCACUACAUCCCUACAUCGUAAUGGGAAUGCCAGUAAAAUUUGAAGUCAUCAAUAUUCCAGAAACACCGGCUCAUUUGCUUAAGAAUUUAUCACGUAUGAUAUAUCAUACAUUGGAGUUUUGGGAAUUGGCCCACAAGGCUACAUUGAAACCACUUUCUUCUAACGGCGGCAAAACUAAAUAUUCAUCAGCAUUGUACAAAAGAUUCUUCUCAACAACACGAGUUCCUGGCGUGGAAUUUGAUUAUAUUAAAAGUUACUUUAAGACAGUUAAGGAUGGUGCAACGCCUUCGCAUGCCAUUAUUUCUGGUAAAGGGCGAAUUUUUGUUUUUGAUUGCCUACAUACUGAUGGGACGAUUAUAACCCAGCAAGAAAUACUCAAUGUAUUGCAACGCAUUCGUUGUACUUUAGAUUAUGAGCCAAUGGGAGAUUGUGUACCUGUUCUUACCCAUGACGAUCGUACUACUUGGGCAAAUAAUUAUAUGCAUCUUCAAGAAAUCUCGGCAAAGAAUAUUGAAACACUCAUAACAAUAGAAAGUUCUUCAAUCUUUGUAGCAUUCGACGAGAAUGAGCCACAAACCUAUGAAGAAAUUUCGCUUAUUUGUGUAAGUGGCGAUUAUCAUUCAAAGUGGGGAGAUCGAAGUAGCACAAUUAUUGCCUAUAAAAAUGGCCGAUUUGCAUGCAUUGGAGAGGUAAACAUUUAUGUACAGACAUAUCUAUUUUAUAAAACACAAAUGAAUUCAAUACAUAUUAUAAUAUGACUAGGAAGCACAGAGCGGAAGGAUUAUAACUUAAAAAAAAUGGAAUUUUAA